GCUAAAUCUCUGGCUGAUCGACUUUGAAUAUGAUAAAGCAGAUGGAAGACACAUGUGACUCUUAGAGAGAGAGAGAGAGAGAGAGAGAGAGAGAGGGGUGUGGGAGAGCUACAGGUAGGAGGAAAGGAUGAAAUUCAAUCUUUAUUAAUGGGCUGUUUUCAUGGUUUUUGGUGUUUUCUUUGUCCUCCAAAUCAAACAAGGUAAACCAAUAUCUCUCCACAACAAAACUCCCAAGUUUUAUAGUAUUUUUUGGAGGCCAGGGGGCUCUGGAUUCAAGCGUGAGUUUGGGUUCUCUCUUGUUCUCUUUUGCUGCACAGGAGAGUUAUUGUGUUCUCAGUAUCCUUACAAUUUAUCUCUUUCUGCUUCAAAACCCUUGUUUUUUCUCCCUGGGUAUUGUACGGUUUCGUCGAAUCAUAUCGACAAGGGUUCUGAAUUAUUAAGAUGCAAAUGAUGUCUGGUGAUGUGUUCUCCAACAAAGGGUUCCCUCAAGAACAAGAUGCAAACCCUAAUCUUAAACCCAACACCAAUCCCGCAGCGAAGAAGAAGCGAAAUCUUCCAGGAACACCAGAUCCAGAUGCCGAGGUCAUCGCGCUUUCGCCGAAGACCCUCAUGGCGACAAACCGAUUCAUCUGCGAAAUCUGCAACAAGGGUUUUCAAAGAGACCAGAACUUGCAGCUUCACCGAAGAGGCCACAACCUUCCUUGGAAGCUCCGGCAGAGGACCAACAAGGAGGUCCGGAAGAAGGUCUACAUCUGCCCGGAGAAGACGUGCGUCCACCACGACCCCUCGAGAGCUCUCGGCGACCUCACCGGAAUAAAGAAGCAUUUCAGCAGAAAGCACGGCGAGAAGAAGUGGAAGUGUGAGAAGUGUUCGAAGAAGUAUGCUGUUCAGUCCGACUGGAAAGCCCAUUCUAAAACUUGUGGGACUAGAGAGUACAAAUGUGACUGUGGAACACUUUUCUCCAGGAAAGAUAGUUUCAUCACCCACAGGGCUUUCUGUGAUGCUUUAGCUGAAGAAAGUGCCAGGAUAACUUCAGUUGCAGCGACUUCCAAUAACUUAAACUUCAGAAAGGAUUCUUCAAAUGAUCAGACCGUGAUAAACCCGCCGCACGGAUUCAGCGGCGCAGCCGGGAUUUCGCAGUUCAGUCCGGGAUUCGGAUUUGAUUUUGCAGGCAUGGCAGAUCAGCAGAAGCCCAGAUUGUCACUGUGGCUGGAUCAGGCCAAUGCUAGUCUCAAUCCAACUAUUGAUGUGGCAGCGAGCCUAAACAAUUUCUACUUCUCAGCGGGUUUUCCGGACCAGAUGGCGCAGAUGGCGUCGCCGAAUGGCAUAUUUGCAUCAUCCUUAACUUCCUUUGGAAGCCCUCCAGAGCUCUCAUUGACACCACUGAUUCACGGGUUGAAGGAAGAGGAAGGAGGCAAAGAGAACAUGGUGGAAACCCUAGCUUCGGUUUACUCAGAAACCCGAAACAAGCAACCGAGCCCUACCACACCAUCCGCGCCGAUGUCCGCGACCGCGCUUCUGCAGAAAGCCUCCCAAAUGGGCUCUACAAGGAGCAACUCACCAUCUCCAUUCUUCAGCAACCGCUUUGGACUCCUCAACUCUUCUUUCUCUUCUUCUUCUCCUUCUUCGCCGUCUUCUUCCCACGCUGCAACCUUCACUAGCAUUCCUCUCCCUCAGAGUGUCCUCGCACCGGCAGGGGAUCGAACCGAACUGACCAGCGCUGCAUCAAACAGUAGUACUCUGGAUGAGCUGAUGGGGAUGCAAGUGCAACCAAUUACUAGUGCUAGUGGGAAACAAAAUCAAAAUGGGUUAACCAGGGAUUUUCUGGGAAUGGGAAAAGGUGGGUCUGGUGGUGCGCUCUUGCCCCAGGAGCUAGCCAGGUUUGGUCCGGUGGGCUCAGCCAUGGGGUUGAGCCAUUUCAGUGGGAACAACUGAACUGAGCAGUCCCAGCUUGCAAUCUAUGUGUUGUACUUUUUGUUCAAUUUCUGCCCUUCUUCUUCCUGGUGUCUAGUAGCAGAUGGGGGUGGUGGGUAAAUUAUUGGUAGAUAGACUCAUAGACCUCGUGUCGGGAAGGAGGUGAACUGGCUCCGCGACAGCAGCUACCGGACAGAGGAAUAUGAGGAGAGGGGUUGUGGACCGUCGGAUGGAGGGUGGGGGCUCGCUGAAUGCGGGAAACGAAGAGAGAGGAGAUGCGAUGUGAGCCGUCGGAUGGGCCGGCGCUGGGGCCCCUGCAUGUCGGAGGCAGACUUAACGAAAACCGAGCCUCACUAUGCUCAUGCAUGUCCUCGUCGUUCUUGUCGUGGUUGGUGUUGGUUACUUGUGUCCUCUCUCUCCCUCUCUCUCUCUCUCAAAAUAAUUUAAUAUAAAUAUAUAUAAUGGUCUUGGUCUUAGGUCUGGAAAUGUGUUGAAGUUGGAUAAUGGAGAGACAGGUCGCUCGAAAAACUAUGAAAUGCGUUGACCGUCGUCGUCGGGGCGAUGUUCCGGCGAUGAUCGAACUCGUCAACAUUGGUGGGUUUGAUUAGAAUUUUUAUUUAAGAAGUCUGCUGUUGGUGUGGUUUUUGAA